AUGCUGCGCCGCAAGCCCUCCAACGCCGGGGAGAAGGAGCCAGGACACAGGAAGCUCUCCCUCCAGCGCUCCAGCAGCUUCAAGGACUUCGCCAAGUCCAAGGUCAGCUCCCCCACGCAGAGCGAGAAGGAGUUCAAUCCAGAGGAGAAUAUCCCUGAGGAUGAGCCCAGCGGUGUUGGCCCUGAGGAUGCCGCGCGGAGCAGCGGGACAAAGCUGGGCAGGAAGUGGAGGGCAGUCAUCUCCCGAACCAUGAACCGCAAGAUGGGCAGGAUGGCCGUGAGAGCACUGGCCGAGGGGAAGCCGGGAGGGCUGGAGGAGGCGCCCCUGUCCCCAGCCGGCAGUGCAGAGGAGCGGAGCCAUGACAAGGUGGCCCUGUCGCACAUGGAGCUGGAAGAGGAGGAGGACGGGUGCCCACCCCUCCGCCGCCAGCUGUCCAGUGGCAGUGACAUCCUCAGCCCCGGUGACCACCGGGACAGCCUGAGGCUGGAAGAGAGUGUCCCAGUCUACACUGGUCCCUUCUGCGGCCGGGCCCGU